UGACGUGGUUCGCGACAAAUGUUCGACACGUGCAAGGAAAAAUCGCGCGACACUCGAGUUACGAGAACGAAAAAUUCGCGCGACUGAGGGGGUCAAUUUUCCGCCAAAGUGGAGCGAUUUCUCGAACGGUAGCGGAAACAAAACCCGAGGGGGGUUUUAUUCUGGCAUCAUGAACAUCGAUGAAUUUCGUGUACGCGGUAAAGAGAUGAUAGAGUACAUCUGCGAAUAUAUCCGCACGUUGGAGGGCAAGAGGGUGACGGCGAACGUCGAUCCCGGCUAUUUAAGACAUCUGAUGCCAAACGAGGCGCCUUUCAAGCCGGAAUCAUGGGACGCCAUCAUGAGGGACGUCGACGGCAAAAUAAUGCCCGGAAUCACUCACUGGCAGCAUCCACGAUUCCACGCCUACUUCCCGUCCGGCAACUCGUUCCCCUCGAUCCUCGGUGAUCUGCUGUCAGACGCGAUCGGCUGCAUCGGUUUCUCGUGGGCGGCUAGUCCAGCCUGUACUGAACUUGAAACUAUCGUGCUGGAUUGGUACGCUAAAGCAAUCGACCUGCCAGCUGAGUUUCUGUCGGAGCAGAAGAGCGGCGGCGGCGUAAUUCAGGGUUCGGCCUCCGAAUGUAUCCUGGUGACGAUGCUGGCGGCGCGCUCACAAGCAAUUAAGAUGCUGAAGGAGCAGGAACCCAACACGGAGGAUUCGGCGUUCCUGCCGAAAUUGGUGGCCUAUUGUUCUACGGAGUCGCACUCGUGCGUUGAGAAAGCAGCGAUGAUCAGCCUGGUGAAGCUGCGAGUACUGGAACCGGACGACAAAGCUUCUUUACGCGGUAAACGACUCGAGUCGGCCAUCAGAGAGGACGUGGCGAACGGCUUGGUACCGUUUUACGUGUCCACCACUCUGGGCACCACCGGCUCCUGCGCCUUUGACAAUCUUGUAGAGAUCGGACCUGUAUGCAAGCUGUAUCCCAACAUCUGGUUGCACGUAGACGGCGCUUACGCUGGUAACGCCUUCAUCUGUCCGGAAAUGAGACCAUUCAUGGCCGGCAUCGAGCACGCCGAUUCCUUCAAUACGAAUCCGAACAAGUGGUUGCUGGUGAAUUUUGAUUGUUCUUGCCUGUGGGUGCGUAAUCGAAUGAAGCUCACGUCGGCGUUGGUCGUCGAUCCGCUUUAUCUUCAACACGCUCGCUCGGGAGAAUCGAUCGAUUAUCGUCAUUGGGGCAUCCCGCUCAGUAGAAGAUUUCGGGCGUUGAAGCUCUGGUUCGUCAUGAGAUCGUACGGUAUCAGCGGUUUGCAGAAGUACAUCAGGAAUCACAUAAGGCUGGCCAAGAGAUUCGAGGCGCAGAUGAAGAAAGACAGGCGCUUCGAAAUCCUCAACGAUGUGCGAGUCGGUCUGGUGUGUUUCCGGUUAAAGGAGAGCGAAGAAAUGAAUCAAGAGCUGCUGGCCAACAUUAAUGCAUCCGGUCGGCUGCACAUGAUACCAGCCCGAGUGAUGGGCAAAUAUAUCCUGCGUUUCUGCAUCACGAAGGAGGACGCGACCGAAGAAGAUAUUGAUUAUGCGCUCAACGUGAUCGAGGAGCAUGCCACGGAAGUAAUGUUGGCGCACUACGAGGGCACGGAAGAUGAGUACAGAGCGAAGGGUCCAAAGAGCCCGGCUGCCCUCGACAAGAAACUCGUUCGAAAGUUCAGUUUUACCAGGAGCGUUACCAGGGAUGCCUACAAGAGAUCCAUCUCCAAAUCUAGCCUACACGAUGGCGCGACGCCUAUCAUGGUCGUCGAUGACAAUUCGCAGGUCGAUGCCAUCGACGAUGAUCGUUUCUGCAAUAGCAGGUCGUGACGAUGUCGAUGACGGUCCCCGGCGCCGACUCGGGACGACGUAGAUGAUAAUAAUAAGAAGGGCCCUCGUUAUACGGCCGUGUGAUGCGAAACUAUGACGUCAUCAAUUUACUGAUUCCCGAAGUCGUGUUUGUCGAUCGACAAGGACUGAUUAUUAGCAAUGGCUUCACGUAAGUGUUUAGCCAAGUCAGUUUGUCUUUAAUCAAAAGUUCGUUGCCAUGCGAGAACAUUGUGGAUCGAUGAUCGAUCGUAUGUUCUCUUGAGCACGAUUCUUCACAAAAUGUAUCAAUAACGCGUGUUGAAUCAAGUUUUAAAAUAAAACAUUCUUGAGCAUAUUUUAAACAAUUCGUAAUUCGUGACAGAAUUCGAUUUAAAA